UGAGCGCUCUAACCAGGUACGAACAAAUUUGUUGUUUUUUUCGUGGUUUUUCGCGCGCCACGGCCGAAAAAGCCGAGGUGUCGUGAAUUUCGCUUGUUUCUGACUCUGGACGUGUCCUCUGAAUACACAAACAUCACUUAUAACAACUACUGUAAAUAGAGAGUGUAUAUAGUGUGAUAGGUGAGUGAUAGAGGUGUGUGGGAUUUUAGUUGGCAAUGAGUUCAAGCAACAAAUCGGUGUCCUCCGGCGGGAGAAGCACCAACAAAAACAAAUCUUCACAACAACAUGGAAAAUCAGAUCAUCAUCAAACUAAAUCAUCAGAUUCAACAAAACAUGAAAAAGCACAGCCAAACACUGUUCAGACACGGCAUACACAAAUCAUUGACACUAGAAUGGGUAGUGGCGAAGAUCCUAUUUUGAAAGAGCGUAUAAAGCAGGUCAUGGACAUGACCAGACGUUCAGAAGAUGAAGUUGUUAUAGCUUUGCAUGAUAGCGACGGAGAUUUUGAACGUGCUGUUAAUGAUUUGCUGGAAGGAGUGAAACCAGAGUGGGAAGUAAAAAAGAAAAAGCCUCGUCAACCUAGUGGUUCCAAGCAAAAUAUAGAUGCCUCUGGUGGUCAAGAUGAAGGUGGUGAUUGGGAUGAACGACGUAAUCAACGAGGGGGUGGACCACCUCGUAUGCGAGGACGUGCUAAUCAUGACAAUCGUGGAUGGCGUGGCAGAGAAAAUAAAGAAAACGAAAGAAAUAUUGAAGACGGUGUUCGCGAUGGCAGCUAUAGUGGUAACAGAAGAGGAAGGGGUGGUUCAGGAAGACCGGGACGAGGUGGACGAGGUGGAGGAAGAGGACUUGGUCCAAGAACAUUUGCCAAUCGUAAUGACCCAUCAUCAACUUCAUCACCCCACAAUUAUAAUCGAUCAAUCGAUACAUGGACAGGUAAUGAUGAACAACAACAGACUGUUCAGGAACCAAAGAUGGAUGCAUGGAAUAAUUUGGAUUCUACAGAAGACUGGGACAAUGAAGAAUACACAGGUUCAUUGGCAGAUACAAAAGUUUUUACACCGAGCACAUCCAUAGCAGAGCCUGCACCCACUGUAGAAGAACCAAAAGUUCAAGAUCUUCAGUCAGUGCAACCCAAUCAGAAUGUAAAUUUGACAUUAAUACAACAAGAAGAACUACCAAAAUUACCGGAAAUAUCACCAAUACAACAACAAACAUUGAUUCAACAGUCUCAACAGCAACAACCUGUUUUGAAUUUACCAACAAUGCAAUUAUCACAACAACCAAAUGCUAUGAGUGGCGGAGUAUUAACAGCUGCACAGACACAGUAUUUGACACAACUUACCCAACAGACGAGUGAAAAUUUGAAAACGGCUGGACAAACAACUUUCUCAUCAUCGAUAUCUAAUCAGCCGCAAAGACAGAUGAAACAACGUCCGCGAGUUCCACCACCAUCGAAGAUUCCAUCUAGUGCUGUAGAAAUGCCAGGCGAUGCCGUAAAUAGCGGAAUUGGAUUUCUUGAUGUUCAAUUUGGUGCUUUAGAAUUCGGUAGCGAUUCAAGUUCUCUUGAUGGGUCUGCGAAUGAAAAAUUCAAUGCAGCCAGUAAUGCGAUUGCUAGUGCGGAUGUCACUUCUACUUCGAAUGCCGUAAACACUGCCAAUACAAAUAAUUCUUUGGACAUCGAAACAACACAAACUUCAACAACACCUUUUAAUACUACAUCUCAGAUGUUAUCAAAUAGUGACAAUUUACCAGUUUCAAGCGAACAUUCAAUAAACGCUCAAAGCUUCACUACUCGUGGUAAUAGUACUGGACAAACAUUAGAUAUAACGAAACAAGAUUUUACUUCGCAAGUUUCACCAGGAAGUGCACCAACAUAUGGUACAGCGACAACUUACCAGUCUCAAAAGUCGUCGUUCCAAGCACCUACUGCGGCACCAAGCACCUACAAUACAUAUUCCACAAAUGCUCAAUCUGCUCAGUCAUCUUUUCAAACUGUGUCUGGCACUAGUGCCAAUAGUUACUCCGCGACGUCGACUGUUACACAAGCAAGCUAUAAUUCUUCCUCAUCUUUCCCUCAAUCCAACACAUCAACUUUCAGUCAAGCUUCGCCUUCUGCGCCAGCAUCUGCAACUUCUGGUUAUAAUCAACGAACGACUACUAAUCAGGUUUAUCAAUCUGCAAGUGGAUAUGUACCUACUACAACGUCACAAUACCAAGCACAGUCUGUAGCGACAAAUACUGUAUCAAACAGUAGUACAGGGUAUCAAACAAGUGGUUAUCAAGGAUCAUCUUCAUUUCAGUCAACACCACAAGCAUACCAACCAUCAGCUACGACAUUUACUUCACCUAUUACACAGACUUCUGGAGCUUAUCAAAGUGCAGCACAAUCUGUGUACGCGAGUGCGUAUGGUACAUAUGCAAGCCAACCACAAACGGUGUCUCAUAAUCACAAAUUAAACAGUAAUGCGACAAAAGAUUCUCAAUAUGAUAGUAACACAACGACAACCAAUAGUUCUCUUGCGACUACAACGGCACCCACUUUGGGUCUUAGUUCUGCCUCCGUAAAUAGUUCCCAGACUAAAGUAACUAAUUCUAAUGCGGUGCCGAAAAGUACAUCGAGUGGUGUAGUGACGGGUAGUAGUGGAACUGGAAAUAUGACAGGUGGUGGUGCAGCUGGCAGCAUGACACCGAUGUUAAGUCACCAAUAUAUUAUGAGCCAAGGUGUACCUUAUGCGUUUCAGCAACCAAUGUACAGUUACGAGGAAUUGCAACUUAUGCAACAAAGAAUACCACACAUGCCAACUACUGGUUACUAUGACGCGGCUUUGGGCUAUCAGACAACCGGCCCUGCUACCAGUCUCGGUGGAGGACGAGGAGAUGCACUUUCCGGUGUGCAAGGUGUCCAAGGGGUGCAGGGUGUACAAGGAGCCUAUACCAGUAUUAGCGACGCCCGAUUUGCCAGAAGCGACAGCAAUGCAUCUCCAGUUCCAUCCACUAUGUCACAACAGACUGCUACACAGCAUCAGCAACCGAUGAUGAAUCCUGCACUUCCUCCAACAUAUGCAUACUUCGCAUAUGGUAGUGGAAUAAUGCCAGGUGCUUUUCAGUAUGGAACUCCUGCUGCAAUUUAUCCUCAGAUUGCUACUGCCGGUAAUGCGGGUACGAAUAGCGGUGCAUAUACUGCUAAACCGGGUAGUUAUGGAUCUGGAUAUGGAGCUGGUGCAGGCUACGAUGCUCUAGCAUCUGCAGGUCCUUCUGCGGAAUAUAAGGGCGCAGGGAACAGUUAUACCAGUACACAGACUGGUAAAACAGGAACAUCUACUGGAAAUACUAAUACUGGUGGAUCAUCAGCUACCGAUAUAAGUGCAACGAUGUACCCAAAGAGUCAUGUGGCUCUUGGCAAAGUGAAUUCCUAUGACAAACAAACUUUUCAUUCGGCAACUCCUCCGCCGUUUGGCCUGACUGGCAGUCAAAAUGCUGGUUUGCCUGGUGCAUUUGGAACACAUUUGUUUAUCCCAACUAUGCCCCAUCAGUUGCAUCAGCCACUUCAUCAAGAUGGUGGUAGCAGCACAGGCCAAAGGUCAAAUACAAGUUCCCAAAAUAAAGCUCAGGCAAAGCCUGGAUAUAGUCCUAGUUACUGGGCUGGAAGCAAUUAAAUAAUUUUGGAUUGCACAAAGGAAAGAAGAGGAAGAAACACAAUUUUAGACAAAAUACAACUUCGCCAUUGUGAUACACGGUGGUGUGAGAUAUGGACAUUGACAUAAAUGACAUGAAGAAACACAAAUACGACGUUUUUUGGGUGAAACUAAAUGAUUCUGGUAUGACACGAGUUACGGUAAAAUGUAAAAUGAACUUUAAAAAUGUGGAAGGAUUAAGCAAUUUUUAUCUAUUUUAUGUUUAAUAAGAUGAAUUAUAUUUCCUUUUACAUAAAUUUAUACAGUGAUUAAAUUAAAAAGAAAAAAAGUUUCUCUCCUUGUUUGAUUAAUCUUAUUCAUUUCUCUAUUCUUACAAUACUUAAAAAUAUUAUGUUGGAUUGUAAACAAAUUUUCAAUUAUGUUAUUUUAUCUAUAAUUCAUAAGAAUAUUAAAAAGUUUUUAUUGUGCAUA